AUGUCAUCCCUCCUCCGCGCCCUCCGACCACCAGCUUUCCGAGCAGCAUGCCUUCGACCGCCACCCCCUCGGCCGCUCAAUGGCACCUCUCCCAUAAGCUCUCGUCUUGCGCAAAUCAGAUCAGACUCAGCGACGCCAAUAUAUAGACAGACCCGACCCUUCUCCCAGACCCCGCGUGCUCCUCAAGACCCGCGCGACCCCCGCCGCCAAAUAGACUACGACUAUCUCCAACGACAGUACCACGAAAACCGCAUACGAGCCGCCAAACCCCUGUGGUCAGGCAAAAGUGACGGCCGGAUAGGCGUCUUCGAGCGAUUCCGCCGCGCCGCGACGUCCCGGGGCACCGUAGGCACCGGCGUGAUAGCCGGCUCCUUCCUCGCCGCCUGCCUCUUCUACUUCUACAACCUCCAGACGGUCCCUGUCUCGGGGCGCAAGCGCUUCAACAUCUUCCCGGAAGACUACGUCAAAGAUAUUUCCGCCGAACAGGUCCGGCGCAUCAUCCACGAAGUCGAGUCGCAAGGCGGCCGUUUCCUGCCGUCAUGGGAUCCCCGCGCCAGGAUGGUAAAACGGGUGAUGGAGCGGCUGAUACCUGUGUCCGGGAUGGAGGAUCUGCAAUGGGAGAUUCGCGUGAUCGACGACCCGAGCACCAUCAACGCGUUCGUCCUUCCCGGCGGUAAAGUGUUCGUUCACAGCGGCAUCUUGCGCGUGACGAAGAACGAGGAUGGUCUGGCCGCCGUGCUCGGCCACGAGAUCGCGCACAUUAUCGCGGAUCAUGUAGGCGAGCGGAUGAGCUCUCUAAUUGGGCCCAACAUCCUUCUGGGAGCGUUAUUCAGUAUCUGGCUUGCUACACCCCUGGCUCUGCCUAUGGUCCAUUACUUGGGCGGUGGAUUAAUCGAUUUCAUAUUCACGCUGCCAAUGGGCCGUUUGCAGGAGAGCGAAGCAGAUUAUAUCGGCAUGAUGCUGAUGGCAGAGGCGUGCUAUGAUCCCAGUGAAGCCAUUGGUCUGUGGCAACGAAUGGACCGUAUGGCCAAGAUGUAUCGCCAGGACGAGAUCCCCGAAAUCCUGGGUACACACCCUUCGAAUGAGCAUCGCAUUCAGAAAUGCACCGAGUGGCUGCCGAAAGCUCUUGAAAAGCGAUCUGCUAGCGAUUGCCAAGGAACUGCUAGCUUUGCGGGGCAGUUCAGGCGAGCCCUUGAUUUGGGUAAUCUGAUCAUUGAAUUCUAG